GACCCAAAUUCGUCAUUCCUACGACUCAACAGCUGCAGAAUGAUGCUGAAGAUUGUCGUGCUUGCCGUGCUGGCCUACACGGCUUACUCCAAGCCAGGGGUUCGUAACAAAGAUCUUGAAUUUGCAACGGAGGAGCUUUUUCGCUACUUCGGUGUUGAAAGCCACGAAAAAGCCCCGGAAUAUGAGAUUGUGUACCCACUCGUAGUCGAAGCUGAAGGCAAGAGGAGUGUUGGCAAGGGAGCCACUGCCGCCUCAUUCUUAGAACUGGAAGUCGAAGCCUUUGGAGAGACGCUUAACCUCAUCGUAGACCACGACGACAGUAAUUAUGCCCCUGGACUCAAGGUUGAGAUCUACACAGAUGAAGGCAUCCAGAAAGUGCCACUUCGGACUGACUGCGUCUACACAGGGAAGGUAGCCGGUGAAAAGGACUCUCUUGCAUCCGUAACCGUUUGUGACGGCUUGAUGGCGGUCAUAUUUCGCAACCAUGGCCGUGGUGAGCUUUACAUCGAGCCACUAGAUGACGAGGAUGCCGUCAAGCGAGAUGUUGGUCGCGGUCACCCGCACGUUGCCUAUAGGAACAGACCAGUGGAAAGAGGGGCAUUCUGCGAGACAGAACGUAAUAUAAUUUAUUUGAUUUUGUUUUUAUUGAUCACACUUUUAAAACAAAUUCCGCAUGUAAGUCAAAACAAUAAAGAACUCACAUUUCUGACGCAGAUCAUUCAUUCUGAAGCUGAAAACUGGAAUGCUCAACUAAAGUUGUAA